CCGAGAAGACGAGAAGGACCUCUGGAUCUGGCAAACGGAGAUAAAAAAAACGUUGUGAGGACUUGGUGCACACUUGUUUCUUUGUGAUUCUUCAAUUUUUAAAGUGUCGGGUUUACAAAACAUGUCAGUUUUUGGCUCUUUAAUGGGCGACAUGGAGGACGAUCCGAUUUUUGGGUCUCACAUGCGACAUAUGCGUCAAAUGAGCAACAUGAUGAAUUCUUUAUUUUCUGACCCUUUCGGUAUGAUGGGAGGCUCUAUGUAUGGGGAUUUCGAGAAUAGAGCCCUGACCCACCAUCGCCACAACUCACUAAUGUCCCCUUUUUCUAUGCCGUUGAUGCCAAAUUUUAAUAGACUUUUAAGUGGUUCUCUGGACUCCAUGGCUAACGCUGGAAAUUACAGUAGCUCGAGCACCGUUAUAAGUAUGACUUCUGGUCCUGAUGGCCGUCCCCAAGUGUACAAAGCCACAUCUAGCACUAGAGUGGCACCAGGCGGUAUAAAAGAAACCCAAAAGACCGUUACAGAUACUGUUACAGGCACUAAGAAAAUGUCUAUCGGUCAUCACAUUGGAGAUCGAGCUCAUAUAAUCGAAAAAGAGCAGAACAUGCACACAGGGGACAGAGAAGAACGAGAGGACUUGAUAAACAUCGAGGAUGAUGAGAAAGAGGAAUUUAAUUACGAAUGGGAGUCCAAAACACGUUCUCGCUCGGAGAUACCCAGAAUUUCAGCUGGAUCCGCUAGAAAUAGACAUUCGUACGGGGGUCACUCUACAGUGCCGGCCAUUACAGCAGGUUCAAGUACUCGGCGGCAUAGGGACAGAACCACCCCCCCCACUAUCCCCCAGGUGUCCGGCCGUAGAAGUAUUAGGUCGCCGAAAUUAGCAUUGCCGUCCACGACGAGUCCAUCGAGUUCGCUAGCUAGAACUCCAUAUACUCCACCCAACCAACAGCAGCAGCCUAGGAAAAGCAAGAACGUGAAAACAGUGUCGGGUUCACCCUCGCACGUAGACAUCUAAAAGAACCACGAGUAUUAACUGAUUCAAAUUUAAAAGUUUUUUAGUUCUAGCACAAUUGUCUCUAGUACGUACGGUUCGUACGGAACUCGUUCGAAAUAUAUUAUUUUUCUAUAAUUCUGUCCAUUUUUCAGUUGCGGUUGGAGUAGCAACUUGCUGUGUUAGAUUCGGGGAGGCGGUCCUAAAAUUUAAACUUUUUAUGUGAAAUCAUGUGUGAGAGAUAAAUCGGAGACUUUGUAGAAUUAUUAUCAUUAUUUUUAUAUUAUCCUAAUCUUUAUUGUAGCCUUUAUUUUUUUUAAUGCGUGUAGCAAAUUGCUGCUCUGACAGGAAGUUUGACCUGGCGAUUUUAUCCAAUCGUUUGCCGUAAUGGCAGACGUACGUAAUUUUAAGUGGUUAAGUGAGAUUUUUCGUAUUAGUUCGAUACUAUCCUAGAGUUUAGGUUUCUUUUGUAUGUCGUGAGCACAGUAAAUGGGGUUAUCGUUGCUAUUGUAUGAUGUAAUUUUUGUGUGGUGAUGUUCAAUUAAGAGAUAAACUCUACGGAUUAUCUACACUUAGUUUAGUGUUAAAGUGUAAUAUAUAUAAGUACAAUGUAUUGCUUUAGGUUUAAUUGAAAUAAAGUGAAGUUAUAUAUUCCGA